GACAAACCGCAGGCAUCAUCUUUCCCCUCUCUCCCACCGAUCCCACUUUCGCUCUCUGAUCUUCUGAACACUUAAAAUGGCGCAGCAGUUCGUGGACACCAAAAUCAAAGGAGACAAAGUGGUGCUGUUCAUGAAGCCCACGUGCUCCUACUGCAUCAUGGCUAAAGACGUUUUGUCAAAAUACAAAUUCAAGCCGGGACAUUUGGAGUACAUCGACAUUAGCGGACGCAGCGACAUGGACAGCCUGCAAGACUACUUCCUGGAGCUGACCGGAGCCCGCACGGUCCCCCGUGUGUUCAUUGGUGAGGAGUGUAUUGGAGGCGGCAGUGACGUGGUGGCACUGCAUAAGAGCGGUAAACUGGAGGGCAUGCUGAAGUCUAUUGGAGCCAUGUAGUGACCCGAUCCAGACCUCCAGAUUUUGGCAUCCAGGUGGCGGUCACAUGACUAUGCAGCGGGACUUGCGUAGUUUGCGUCGCCGCUGCUGGUACUCGCUAAGCUCCUGCAGGUAGCCUCUGGACGGCCAGCGUAGCCUCUCCACCUGCUCGCGCUCCUCCUCUGGAACACACACACACACACACACACACACACACACAUACACACACACACACAUAUAUUAUAAUUGUAAUCUACUGCAAACACAAGUAUUGCAUGUUUUGCUGAUAAAACCUUUUUAUAGCAAGAUUUACUGUCCUUGGCACAUAUUCACACAAACGCAUUCAGUUGGAUUGUUGCCAUGAACACGGCCAACAAGGCAGAAAUAUCUGUUGUACCGACAAGCAACGGAAGAUCAGUAGUGAUCAAUAAUGUGCUGUCUACCAAUUCAGGCCUGUGACUUCGCCUGUGCCCUUCAGUACCCGUCCAUUGACCUUAAAUGAUUUUUGUGUGUAUGACUAAUGACAAUAAAACGUGCUACUGCUACUAACCAGA